AAACGUCACCGAAAGGUUCUUCGCGAUAACAUCCAGGGUAUCACCAAACCCGCCAUCAGACGUCUGGCCCGCAGAGGAGGCGUCAAACGUAUCUCCGGUCUGAUCUAUGAGGAGACCAGAGGUGUACUGAAGGUAUUCCUCGAGAACGUGAUCCGAGACGCCGUCACUUACACCGAACACGCGAAGAGGAAGACUGUCACCGCCAUGGAUGUGGUCUAUGCUCUCAAACUCAACACUUUGUCCACCAAUUGGUUGAAGACUUGA